UAAGAAAAGAGAAAUUGAUUUGAUGCAAUAGUUACUCCUAGUACGACCACACAAUACAACAACACAACACAAGCCAAACACAGCUAUGAUAUGAGAAAAAAAGAAUCUUAAAAGUGCAGCAGCAGUGUAGUCAGACAGCUAGUAUCAACGGCCAAAACAAAACAUGAAAGAAGCAAAGCGUGCUGAAUAAGAAACUGCCUCCUUCUCUCUUCAGUUUUGCUGUUUCUAAAAGUUUUUAGGAAGGAUCAAAUGACUGGAAUGGAAAAAGAACAAGAUGUUCCUAGAACUGAUGUUAAUUCUGUGAUGCAUUCAUCAAAAGAUGGUAACAAUGGUAGCCAAUUUCAAAGGCUGCAAUAUCAAGUUACUAAAUUGUUCAAAGGGUUUUCAAGUCCACCUGAUGUUGAAAAUGAAAACAAAACUUACAAUCCGGAGAUUUUGACUAGUCUUAAACGUCAAUGGGCUGCAAAUUUUCAGUUGAAGUACAUGGGUCAUAGGUCUUUCAAGAAGCCCUCACAACUGUUUGAGAGUAUAGUGGUUGUUGGACUUCACCCGAAUUGUGAUGUUCAGACACUACAUAGACAGUUUGUUGAUAAGAAAUUUGAAGAAUCUGCUAAAUUGAGAAGUGCACUUGGUUGUCAGAAUCAAUCUCUUGUAGAACCCAAUAUUGAACCUCAGGUCUUGUUUGUUUAUCCUCCAGAAAAACCUCUGCCUCUUAAAUGCAAGGAUCUUCUUUCUUUCUGUUUCCCUGGAGGCUUGGAGGUUCGAGCUGUUGAGAGAACCCCUUCCAUGAGUGCGUUGAAUGAAAUUUUUUACGGGCAGGAACACCUUAAACAAAUGGAUCUUUCAUUUGUAUUCAGAUUACAGGGUUCUGACAAUUCAACGCUUUACGGGUGUUGUGUUUUGGUUGAAGAACUAGUGCAAAAGCCCUCUGGAUUGUUGUCUCUGAUUUCUGACAAGCAACCGUCUUACUCUUCUUUAAGACGUUAUGUAUUAACCACUCAGAGAUGUUACUGCAUCCUUUCAAGGCUUCCAUUUUUCGAACUGCACUUUGGUGUAUUAAAUAGCAUCUUCACUCAAGAAAGGUUAGAGAAGUUGACGAAAAGUGUUGAAGAUUCAAAUUUAGAAUUUGUUGAAGGAAGCUAUGAUGAAGAAAACUCAGAGGGAAAUUCAGAAAAUAUGUUGGUGAGCGAUGGAAUUAUAGAACAAAGCUUUCAUGAAAAUUCAUUGAUUUCGCAAUCAAGAGUAAGAGCAUCUACGCCUGAAAACAUUGUUGGUGGUGGUCACCCGGAGAUCCUAAUGGUUGACGGAGAGCCGCAGUCAUAUAAGGAGAGAACCGAUUAUGACAGUAUUGUGCCUACUAAGCGUGAAACUGAUAGGAUAACAACCAAAGUAGAAUCUGGUCCUGCGAUUUCUAAAUAUAGUGAUGAUCACCCAGAGAACCCAAUAGUUGAUGGAGAGCUGCAGGGGAAAAUCGAUAAUGACAGCGCUAUGCCUACUGAGCACGAAACUGAUACGACAGCAGUCAAAGAAAAAUCUGACCCUAUAACAUGUGAAGAUAGUGAUGAUUAUCCGGAGAACCUUAUGGUUGAUGGAGAGCUUCAGUCUUAUAAGGAGAGAAUUGGUUAUGACAGUGUUGUGCCUACUGAGCAUGAAAUUGAUAGGACAGAAGUCAAAGAAGAAUCUGCCUCUACAACUUUUGAAGAUAAUGAUGAUCUCCCUCCGAACCUAAUAGUUGACGAAGAGCUGCAGUCUAAUGAGAGAAUCAAUUAUGACAGUGUUGUGCCUACUGAGCAUGAAAAUGAUAGUGCAGCAGCUGAAAAAGAGUUUGAUCCUAAAAUUUCGGAAGAUGGUGAUGGUCACCCAGAGAUAUUGGUUGAUGGAGAUCUGCAGUCUGAUAAGGAGAGAAUCGAUUAUGAGGUUGUGCUCACCGAACAUGAAACUGAUCGGAAAACAGCCAAAGAAGAAUCUGGCCCUACAAUAACUGAAGAUAGUGAUCAGUAUGGAGAUGCUUUUGCAACCAAUAAGGAAUUAGAAGAUAGUAAUUUACGCAAUGCUAUUUUGCCCCUCCUGCAUUCUUGCCAGUAUGAAAGCUCUGAAUCAUCCUGCAGUUUUCAAGGCUCACCUUGUGAAGACAGAAAUUUCAGGAGGGACAUCGAUGAUAAUGAGACUGAAGAUGCAUCUUUUUCUGGCCAAGAGAAGUUAAAUGACUUAAAUGAUAUUCUCGAAUGGGCCGUGGAAAAUAAUCAUGGACCACUACAAAUUAUAUGCGAAUACUACCGGCUAAAUUGUCCUGCCAAGGGUUCUGCACUUACAUUUCAUCCUUUGGAGCACCUGCAUCCGUUGGAAUAUCAAAGACCAUCCGAAACAGUACUAUGUCGUACUGGUUCAAUAUUUGAGUUGAAAAGUUGCAGUACCGGUCCGGAGUUAGCUGAUGCACAUAACACUCCCGCGGUAGAAGAGGCAACUUCGUUAUCUGUAUGGACUAUAGCUUGCUUAUGCGGUACCUUAAGACUUGAAAAUGUAUUAACAUUCUUAGCAGGAGUUCUGCUGGAAAAGCAGAUAAUUGUUGCCUGUUCUAAUUUGGGAGUCCUAUCCGCUUCAGUUUUAUCAGUUAUUCCGCUAAUCCAGCCCUACCGAUGGCAAAGCCUGCUAAUGACGGUUUUACCAAAUGACAUGCUUGAUUUUUUAGACGCACCUGUCCCUUAUAUAGUUGGUAUCAAGAACAAGAUCAGUGAAGUCCAGUCAAAGUUUACCAAUGUUAUUGUGGUUGAUGCCAACAGAAACCAGGUGAAGUCGCCAACGAUACCGCAACUGCCAAGACAGAAAGAGCUAAUAUCUUCUUUACGUCCUUAUCACGACACUCUUGUAGGAGAAAGUUACUUAGGAAAGAGAAGGCCAGUGUACGAUUGCACAGAAUCGCAGAUUGGAGCUGCCAAGGGUUUCCUUUCGGUGCUGCGUUCUUAUCUGGAUUCUCUUUGCUAUAACAUCCGUUCUCACACAAUUACCAAUGUACAAUCAAACGACGAUAAGGUAUCUUUGCUUUUGAAAGAGAGUUUCAUCGGCUCAUUCUCAUAUCGCGAUCAGCCUUUCAUGAAGCUUUUCGUCGAUACACAGCUUUUUUCUGUACAUACAGACAUUAUGCUCUCUUCGUUACAAAACGAAUAGAGCAAGCAACUAUGCAAAACAUUCGGGAAAUAUUGUUGUAUUGUUUCAAGCGUGAACGUUAGGAAGGUUGUGAAAAUCACGAUCUAGAUCUUAAAAUCUUGAACGUAAGUUCAGUGUUGUAUAAUUUUUUUUGAGUUAAAUUUUUCUCCCUUCGGGUCACUUGUAAAUAAUUAUUAUUUGAAUUACAUAUUAAGAGCUAUGAUGGUUCAAUUGGUUCAAUCACCGGAGGAUUGAACGGUUCUGGUUCUCGGUUCAAUUGGUAACACUGUUUGGUUCAAUCUGGUUCUGACAAUACUGUAAUUUAUGAUCAUAAUCAUGUUAGGGAAAAAAAUAGCUACUUCAUCUCAUUGAGUGUUGUUACUGACAAUGGCAUUUCAGAUCAGAGACAGCAGGGUCUGAAUUGGAAGGUUGUUUGUUUGUUUAAAUGGUUUUGUGUAUUAUUGCCACUGUCCGGCUUUCUUUUUUUUAUAUAAAAAAUAGAUAUUUUUGUUUUUAA